UCAUCACAGGUCCUGUACCUUCUCCUGCAGCACAGCCUGGAGCCCGACUCCUGCAUGGUGGUAGAAAUUACAGCCCAGGAGGCUCCAUAGUGAAGGGUUGUCAGAGGAGGACACGCCUGCCCCCAGAUGACUGUACCAGGAACUUAGAGAAACAUCUGGUAUCUUCAGAUUUUGAAGUAGAUGUUUGUGGUAUCACACGAGAUACAUGUGAAGAAAAUGCUAAUAUGCAAGAUAUACCCUCAUCCAGUCACAGCAAUGCAUCAUUUGAUUAUUUUAAACAGGUCCAAUCUUCUGAUUCAUCACAGACUGUAACACAGAAUAAAAGUCACAGAAGUGGUGCUAAACAUCAAACAGCUCACGUAAAAGAGAAGCCAUUUUCAUGUUCAGAAUGUGGAAAAUGUUUUAGAUUUAAAUCCGGUAUUGCUAGACAUGAGAGAAAUCACACAGGGGAGAAGCCAUUUUCAUGUUCAGAAUGUGGUAACAGUUUUGAAUAUAAAUCAGCUUUUGUUGCACAUCUGAGAAUUCACACAGGGGAGAAGCCAUUUUCAUGUUCAGAAUGUGGGAUUUGUUUUCACCAGAAAUCAGCUCUUAUUGUACAUCAGAGAAUUCACACAGGGGAGAAGCCAUUUUCAUGUUCAGAAUGUGGGAAAGGUUAUCCUUCGAAUUCAUCUCUUCGUAAACAUCAGAAAAAGCACGCAGUGGAGAAGCCAUUUUCAUGUUCAGAAUGUGGGAAAUGUUUUAAGAUGAAAUCAGGUCUUGUUGUACAUCAGAGAAAUCACACAGGGGAGAAGCCUUUUUCAUGUUCAGAAUGUGGGAAACAUUUUAAACAAAAAUCACACCUUGUUGCACAUCAGAGAAAUCACACAGGGGAGCAGCCAUUUUCAUGUUCAGAAUGUGAUAAAUGUUUUAAGCAGAAAUCAGCUCUUGUUGAACAUCAGAGAAAUCACACAGGGGAUAAGCCAUUUUCAUGUUCAGAAUGUGGGAAAUGUUUUAAGCAGAAAUCCGCUCUUGUUGACCAUCAGAGAAAUCACACAGGGGAUAAGCCAUUUUCAUGUUCAGAAUGUGGGAAAUGUUUUAACCAUAAAUCAGCUCUUGUUAUUCAUCAGAGAAAUCACACAGGAGAAAAACCAUUUUCAUGUUCAGAAUGUGAGAAAUGUUUUACCAAUACAUCAUCUCUUUUUAAACAUCAGAUAAUUCACACAGGGGAGAAGCCAUUUUCAUGUUCAGAAUGUGGGAAAUGUUUUAACCGUAAAUCAACUCUUGUUAUACAUCUGAGAAUUCACACAGGGGAGAAGCCAUUUUCAUGUUCAGAAUGUGGCAAAUGUUUUAGAUUUAAAUCUCAGAUUGUCACACAUAAGAGAAUUCACACAGGGGUGAAGCCAUUUUCAUGUUCAGAAUGUGGGAAAUGUUUUAACCAUAAAUCAAAUCUUGUUAUACAUCAGAGAAUUCACACAGGUGAGAAGCCAUUUUCAUGUUCAGAAUGUGGGAAAUGUUUUAGAUUUAAAUCUCAGAUUGUCACACAUAAGAGAAUUCACACAGGGGUGAAGCCAUUUUCAUGUUCAGAAUGUGGGAAAUGUUUUAACCGUAAAUCAAAUCUUGUUAUACAUCAGAGAAUUCACACAGGGGAGAAGCCAUUUUCAUGUUCAGAAUGUGGGAAAUGUUUUAAGAUUAAAUCAAACCUUGUUAGACAUCAGAGAAUUCAGACAGGGGAGAAGUCAUUUUCAUGUUCAGAAUGUGGGAAAUGUUUUAACUGUAAAUCAUUACUUGUUAUACAUCAGAGAAUUCACACAGGAGAGAAGCUAUUUUCAUGUUCAGAAUGUGGAAAAUGUUUUAACCAGAAAUCAGCUCUUGUUAUGCAUCAGAGAAUUCACACAGGGGAGAAGCCAUUUUCAUGUUCAGAAUGUGGGAAAUGUUUUAAGAGUAAAUCAGAAUUUGUUAUACAUCAGAGAAAUCACACAGGGGAGAAGCCAUUUUCAUGUUCAGAAUGUUGGAAAUGUUUUAACCGUAAAUCAGAUCUUGCUAUACAUCAUAGAAAUCACACAGGAGAGAAGCCAUUUUCAUGUUCAGAAUGUGGGAAAUGUUUUAACCUGAAAUCAGAUCUUGCUAUACAUCAGAGAAAUCACACAGGAGAGAAGCCAUUUUCAUGUUCAGAAUGUGCGAAAUGUUUUAACCGAAAAUCAGAUCUUGCUAUACAUCAUAGAAAUCACACAGGGGAGCAGCCAUUUUCAUGUUCAGAAUGUGGGAAAUGUUUUAGGUGGAAAUCAGGUCUUGUUGUACAUCAGAGAAAUCACACAGGAGAGAAGCCAUUUUCAUGUUCAGAAUGUGGGAAAUGUUUUAAGCAGAAAUUGACUCUUGUUGAACAUCAGAGAAAUCACACAGGGGAGAAGCCAUUUUCAUGUUCAGAAUGUGGUAAAUAUUUUAAAAGUAAAUCAAAUCUUGUUAUACAUCAGAGAAAUCACACAGGAGAGAAGCCAUUUUCAUGUUCAGAAUGUGGUGAAUGUUUUAAGCAGAAACGGGCUCUUGUUGUACAUCAAAGAAAUCACUCAGGAGAGAAGCCAUUUUCAUGUUCAGAAUGUGGGAAAUAUUUUAAAAGUAAAUCAAAUCUUGUUAUACAUCAGAGAAUUCACACAGGAGAGAAGCCAUUUUCAUGUUCAGAAUGUGGUGAAUGUUUUAAGCAGAAACGGGCUCUUGUUGUACAUCAAAGAAAUCACACAGGAGAGAAGCCAUUUUCAUGUUCAGAAUGUGGGAAAUGUUUUAAGACAAAACCAGUACUUGUUAUACAUCAGAGAAAUCACACAGGAGAGAAGCCAUUUUCAUGUUCAGAAUGUGGUGAAUGUUUUAAGCAGAAAUGGGCUCUUGUAGUACAUCAAAGAAAUCACACAGGAGAGAAGCCAUUUUCAUGUUCAGAAUGUGGGAAAUAUUUUAACUGUAAAUCAAAACUUGUUAUACAUCAGAGAAUUCACACAGGAGAGAAGCCAUUUUCAUGUUCAGAAUGUGGUGAAUGUUUUAAGCAGAAACGGGCUCUUGUUGUACAUCAAAGAAAUCACACAGGAGAGAGGCCAUUUUCAUGUUCAGAAUGUGGGAAAUGUUUUAAGACAAAACCAGUACUUGUUAUACAUCAGAGAAAUCACACAGGAGAGAAGCCAUUUUCAUGUUCAGAAUGAGGGAAAUGUUUUAAGCACAAAUAAAAGGUUAGUUUAUAAGAUGAGAAUGCUCGGACUGGGAGAAAAUGUCUGUAUGUGGGUAAGUAACUGGCUGAGUGAUAGAAAACAGAGGGUGGUUAUUAAUGGUACACACUAAG